GAGACAGCUGCGCUUGGCUAGAAAUCGUGAAGCAUGGGUGACUGGAGCUUUCUUGGACGGCUCUUGGAGAAUGCACAGGAACACUCAACCGUGAUCGGCAAAGUCUGGCUGACAGUACUCUUCAUUUUUAGGAUUCUGGUGUUGGGAGCGGCAGCCGAGGAGGUCUGGGGCGACGAGCAGUCGGACUUCACCUGCAACACGCAGCAACCCGGUUGUGAGAAUGUCUGCUACGACGAGGCCUUCCCCAUCUCCCACAUCCGCUUCUGGGUGCUCCAAAUCAUCUUUGUGUCCACACCGACGCUCAUCUACCUGGGCCAUGUCCUGCACAUUGUUCGUAUGGAAGAGAAGCGGAAAGAGCGCGAGGAGGAGCUGCGAAAGGCUAGUCGGCUCCAGGAUGAGAAAGAACUCCUGCAUAGAAAUGGAGGGGGAGGGGAGUCUGGUGGACGGGGUGGGGGCGGCGGUGGCAAAAAGGAGAAGCCGCCAAUCAGAGACGAGCAUGGCAAAAUCCGCAUUAGAGGUGCCUUAUUGCGCACUUAUGUGUUCAACAUAAUUUUCAAGACUCUGUUUGAAGUGGGGUUCAUUUUAGGUCAGUAUUUCCUCUAUGGUUUCCAGUUGCGGCCGCUGUAUAAGUGUGCGCGGUGGCCAUGCCCCAAUACGGUGGACUGCUUCAUUUCCCGGCCCACGGAAAAGACCAUCUUCAUCAUAUUUAUGCUUGUGGUGGCUUGCGUGUCCCUUUUGCUGAAUUUGUUAGAAAUCUAUCACCUCGGAUGGAAGAAGGUCAAACAGGGCAUGACCAACGAGUUUGCCCCCGACCGCGAGUCGCUGCCCGACGCAGACGAAGCGGAGCCUGGGUCUACUAGAACUGUGCCUGCCACCCUCAGCUACCCGCCAGACUAUACGGAGGUGGCAGUGGGUGGCGGAGCGUUCCUCCAGCCUGUGUCGGUGCCCUCUACGGCCGAGUUCAAGAUGGACCCUCUGCGCGAGGAGUCCUUGCCGUUCUACAUCAGCAACAACAACAACAGGCUGGCUGCCGAGCAGAACUGGGCCAACCUGGCCACCGAGCAGCAGACUCGGGAGAUGAACGCCGCCUCCUCCUCCCACUCCUCCGAUAACGGGUGGCAAGCCAAAGACGCCGCUCAGCACGCUGGCACCCCCACCUCCCCUGGUGUUGGUUUGAGCGCUGGGCCGGAGGAGGGGCACGUCACCACCACGGUGGAGAUGCAUGAGCCGCCUGUUAUUUUCACUGAUGCUCGACGACUGAGCAGGGCUAGUAAAGCCAGCAGCGCGAGAGCGAGGCCCAAUGAUUUGGCGGUGUAGUGGCUCUCCACUGCAAAGCGUAGGUUUUUGUGGACAAAACAUAAUACACCAAAAAACAAGAGGAAGUGAGAGGCAUAUUGCUGGAAUGAAAAAAUUAAUUCCAUUCAUUAUUAAUUUAAUUUUGCAACAUAAAAUUGCAAAGAGUUUAGUCAUUUCUUAUGGGCUAAUGAAAGAUGGCUUCUGAAUGCUGGUUAGUGUUAUGCAGUAGUUGAAUGAAGCAGCACACCUGUUACACCAGAAUCUCAAUGAUUCACUGAAAAAAAUGUCACUUAAUUUAGUUUUAUGACAAGGCCUUAAUGCCAAAAUUUCCAUUCAGUCAGUUCAAUUUAUUAAGUAUAUUGAUUCAAAGUCACCAAAUAAAAAAUGUUUGCAGUACAAUAAUACAGAUUACAAAUAAGCAAAAAUACAUUUAAUAUACAACAUAAAUACACUCUGUAGUUUAACUGAGUAGAUAAUGACAUACUCUUGUGUAUUCUUUUUUUUUUUUUUGAAGACUUGAAUAGCAUAUGAGAGAAAUGGGAAAAAAGAAAGUAGUUGAAGUAACUGAGGAAAGUAGUUGUCAAAUUCAUGAACACCCAUCUUGAAAUGUUUUUAAAAUGUUCUCUUUGUUGUUCCAGCAUCUGUCUCUACAUUUCCUCACUCUAAAGAGAAAUCAGAAGGUUGAGGAAGAAAAAAGUAAAAAGCACAUUGCCUGAUAAAAGUGGCAAACUUUAAUGCAUCACAGAGAGAAGGUCAUCCAUAAACUGAAACAUGAACAUAUUACUGAGGCAAGUGAAAUAUUUAGAUAACUGUUGUACUACUGAAUGGUGCAGGGUUUUAAUUCUCAUAUAGCUUGCAUAU